AUGGAGCAGACGGUCACCAUUGUCAACAACUCGGGCAAGAUUAUCAGCACUGGAAAGCAAUUAUUCUCGAUAUUCAAAGAAGCGAAGGCUCAUUACAGCGAAAAGAAGGAGAGUGUCAAAGCUGAACGCGCACUCCUCCGCUCAAACACAUUCGACGAGACCAGAAGUAGCCAGCGCGCGGCUUCGGUCCGAGACGACGAUGUCGACUUUCGCCCUCGCACGCUGAGCCGUGCUCAUACCAUGUACUAUGCGGAAGACGACCAGUAUACCCUACAAGACCAGCCCAGACGUCGUUCUUAUGAUACUGCCAGCGUAGCAAGCUCCCGUCGCAGUCACCGCUCAAAGGUUUCUCACUCUCAGGUCUCUCGCCACCAUGGCGGCAGCUUCAGAGAGCGCAGCACGCGUGCACCCUCUGAGGUUUCGGAGGCGCUCUCAGAGUUGACGGAAGACAACCUGAAAACACACAGCGAGGCGGCCAGGACCCGAACGUCCAGACCUCCGACGACCUUGUCCAGAUAUCGCAGCCCCUACGCCGAGACGGUCCCAAUGGGUCAGUCAAAUAUGGAUCUCACCGUAGUGGAGCGCAGCGCCUACUACCCUGGCGAGGAAAGCGUCUACUACCCUGCCAAUACGAGGCAGACGGCCAUGAUUCCCAGAUCGAGAUCGGAAUCACAGCUUGGGCCCCUCGUCCCGCAGUAUGGGGCCCUCAUCCCGCAACCCAAGAAGAAGAAAAUCGAUAUGAACCUGGCCUAUGGCAAUAUCCCACCCGACCUGGCCGAGAGGACCGACCUCGCCGAUACAGACCAAGGUGAAGCGACUGCGCUGGUCCGUAGGGUGGAGGGGUUACUUGAUGAAGCAAAUUGCCUUCAACACUCCGCCAAGGCAAUGAUCAAGCAUCUCCAAGAGAAGCCCGAGGCUGCUGCAGCUGUUGCUCUGACUCUGAGUGAGCUGUCUGCCGUUGCGUCCAAAAUGUCCCCUGCCAUUCUUGGACUGUUGAAAGGCGGAUCGCCUGCCGUCUUUGCUCUCUUGGCCUCGCCCCAGUUUCUCAUUGCCUCUGGCCUCGCCGCUGGCGUGACUGUGGUCAUGUUUGGCGGCUGGAAGAUUGUCAAGAAAGUGCAGCAAGAACGCGCCCUGCAAGCUGCGGCCCUUGCGCGUCAGCAGCUUCCCCCGGCGCCCGAUGCUCCCAUGGACAGACCUCCACUGCAGCGUGCGCAUACAUAUGCCGACAGCUACGACGAGGCUCUCGUACUGGAUGACGAUCUCAGCACCAUCGAGUCCUGGCGGCGAGGCAUCGAGCCGCUCGGCGACGGAGAGAGCGCCGACCUUGAGCUCAUCACCCCCGAGGCCGACCGUGCCACUCGCGCCGACGAGCGCGAGCGCUACGAGGACCAGCGCGACUUUGACGACGCCCGCUCGCAUCGCAGCAGCCGCACACACCGCACCAGCAAGACGAGCAAGACGAGCAAGACGAGCAAGACACACAAGACACACAAGACGCAUCACUCGUCGAGUAAGCGGGGCGACGACGAUGACCGCAAGAGCAGCAAGGGCUCGUCCCGGGACGGGUCCUCGAGCAAAAGCAAGUCGCGCUCGGACGUCAAGCUUCUGGAAGACGGCCGCAGCAGCCGCCACCGCAGCCGCGACGACCUCGACUUGCCCGUCCGUUCCAAGGCGCAGCGUCAAGAGAGCGAUCUCUUCAAGAGCUUGUUCAAGAGAAAGAACAAGGAUGCCAGCCGUAGCCAGCUGGUCGUUGCGUAA